CGUCUGCUUCCUCGUUGGUCAGACGACAACUAUCCAGGAAACGCUGAUUAUGACAACAAGCCUUUACUUUCUUAGCUUACUUAGGAUCUAAAAAAUGAAAGCAAGUACUUUGUUCCCACAGUGCAAAAAUUCUUUUGUUGAAAUUUUUUAAAGUGUAUUCCUAAAUUAUACGAUGCUAAAGCAACGCAGACUGCAGUGGGGAUCGGUAGCUUUUGAAGUUUCUUCAUGACUCAAACUUCAUCGAGAAUUUAAAACAAGAAAAGCAACUUUCUGAAAGUUAUAAAGUGGAUACUUUGGUCUCGAUUACAGUUCCCGUGGAUCUCAUUCUACUUGCAGAAACAGAUAGUAUGUAAUGCGUACAUGUCAACGCUCACUUUUCAGAAUAAACAUAUUUAAAGCCUUUUGAAUGGUGACACUGAAAUUAUGUCUCUGCAUCUAGGUGCAGUAGAAGCCCUAAUUUUACAAAGCAAUAAUUAUAGCAAUAAUUGAUACAUUUCUUAUAGGUGCAACAAUCAUAGCUGUGAAUAAAACGCUUUUAAUAAAAUGUAUCAUUUCUUAUUUAAAUAUGAUCUUUAAAAAAAGAGUCAGUAUCAUAAAUAUACUCACAGAAUGGGGGUAGUAUGAACGCCAAAACAGAGAAUUUAAAUAUUUUAAAAUUCAGUUUUCACCUGAAUGAUGAGAGUGUUCGUCGACUGUCGAUUCUGGUAGGAAAGCAUCUUCAGAAUCAGUGGAACUACGUUACAUCUUCGUGGACUUUUAAAACGUUUUUGAUUGAUACGAAGCAUACAAUGUAAAGAUAUCGAAGAGGGUCUCGUCCAAGUCAUCGAAAUCCCGUAUAAGAGCUCAACGAGCGUAGUACUGUAGGAUAACCAAAUGGGAGUUUACUUUCGCACGAUAGUAGGCGUCCGUCAAACAUGUCCUUAUCACCUGUGCUGUUAAACAUUUUUCUGGAGAACAUCAUGCGUGAAAGCCUCCAUGACCACCACUCUUCCAUUUCCAUCGGUGCGAGGCUGAUUUUGCCGCCUGCGCAGGCGCUAUCAGAGAAAUGCAAGACCUUAACAACAUACUUAGAGCAAAUAUGGAAUGGAGACCAGCACUGACAAGAGUAAAGUCAUGGCCAUUGGCGAUGGCAAAACGGAUAGCUACAUGAACGGAGUAUGACUUGAAAAGGUGAACAGUACUUGGGAUCCAACCCUCACCAACGACAGCUGCAUGGCAGCAAGCAAUGACCAUGGCAAAACCGGACAGGGUUUGGCUCGGCUGUAACAUCAGGUUUGCUGAAGUACAAUCAGUACAUACAGAUCCUGUUUUACUCAUGUGAAACGCUGAACUGAUUCCCGAUAAGGAGAGGAGAAUCCAGGUAUUCGAGAACAAGUGCCUUGGGAGGAUGUUCCAGGUCUCGUAUUGUCGUAUAGCGUACAUAAAACCAAUGACAUCGUAUGGUUGCCACACGAAGGGCACCAGGAUUCCCUACUUUCAACAGUCAAGCGGCGUAAGCUGGUCUGAUUUAGCCAUGUGACCCAGCACAACGCUGUGUAAGACUGUCCUUCGAGGUACAUUGGAGGAUGGUCAACGCCGUGGUGACCAGAGGAAAAACUGGCUAUGGCGGGCCUUGUCAGCUGCCGUGUCUGUGCCCCCUUCCCUCACUGAUUUAAGGACGAAUAAAUGAUUGGAAAGAGGGUGUUCUUCUUAACUUAAUUAAAUCCAUUGACAUUGUUCAUUUUCAGGUGAGCUUGGAAAUUAUAUAAUCUUAAAUCCACGUGAAGGUGCUUUGUUGUUCCAAGAGUGUGCAAACUUGCCCUAAAAGCCUUCGUCGUUGCUGAAAUUAAAUAAUCGACUCUGAACUUUUCCUUCAAAGUUGAUUCACCAAAUGCUAAUCAUACAUCGAAUGAUACCAGACACUACCGAAGUCACCCGAAUAGCCAUUGCCUUGAGAAUAACAGCCGCUACACUUCCGGACUUCUGUGCUUUUGGAUUGAAACAGUUGUCGUACAAGGGACUUACCAGACUAUGUGGUGUUGUCUCUGGUGUCACAGCAGCUGUCAAGUACACGAAAAGUACAAGAUAUAUCUGUCCAAACGAAGAGUGUGAAGGUCACUAUGGUAACAAAUACGUUCGAGUUCACAUACCGGGAGCAUCAGAAAAAGAAAUGGUUGGUCAUGGUUUCAACUGCUGCGCCUGUGGAGCCGCUCUCAAAGAGGUUCAGUCUCAGAGGACUUUGUCCGAAAAGCUAAUGGCUGAAAUCGUUCCACUCAAUCUACUGAAGGGAAACACGAAUUAUCUUCAGACAGGCUGCAGGCAACAGGCUAUCAGCAUAAUCAUACGAGAUGACUUGUGCUCAGAGGUAACUUUGGGACAGUAUUGUGAGCUGGUAGGAACACAGAGAGCAGUCCACAAAGACGAAAACAUAACGUAUAUGUUUGAGGUCAACAACUUUAUUCGACAGAAGGAUCCCGCAUGUUUGAUCGGUGCACUCCCAGCCAGCGUACAACGUGUAUUUGCUAAAUGGCAGUCAUCGCCUUGUAUUUUUCCUCAAGCCAUGGCUACAAAACUCGGCGUGCACGUUUGCCCACCGGGACUCUGUUUGAAGCUCAAACUGAUGUUGCUGGUCAGCCUUGUUCUCACACCGGAGCUGCCUCCACUGCACGUGCUGUCCGUGUCCAGAGAGACUGACAUUGUGCAACGUCUCAUGGUAUACUGCUGUCGGCUGGCCGCACGUGCGAUCUGCCACUCCUCCCUCAAUAUUCUUGGUGCCAAAAUUUCCUCUAAUCGUUAUCAGUGGUCGCCGUACUUUGUGCAAGCAGGCAGUCUUGUACUGGCAAGAGAAGGAGUGUGUCGUAUUUGUGGGGAUAUUCGUGCAUUGAAAAGAGCGGAUAAACAAGAACUCCAAACAGCUAUGAGCGAAAACCGUGUACAGGUAGCUCUAGAAUCUCGCCACACUGGAAGCCUUCCGUGCGUGCUGCAGAUUCCGCUGGCGUGUCAAGUGUGGGCUCACACUGCCGGGAGUGACUCAGUGCCGAAUAGUUCAUCAUUUCUUGGUGCAUGCGCCAUUCCUGACAUUCCCACGUCUCUAUCAGAAGCCUUUAGCGUGAUUUCCAUCGGAGAAAGCGUUGGCUGGGACUCAUCAGAUAAAGUGGAUUGCGAACUGGUAGACCAUCUCAUAGCUACGAAUAUGAACAGCGAGGACAGGGGCCAUGGAAGUGUCCGAAGGAGUAGCAUCGAUAGCACCAGGCCUUUGUACAGUUCAUGAAUCAGCGAACAUCUCCACUGAUGAUUUCGCUCAAGGUAAAAACGGUUUCAAGUCCAAGAUGGAGUCUUUAGGGAAGAACAUUCAUCAGUGUUUAGAGCAUCACUUCAUAAUCUUUGAGCAUAAUGGGCUUGUUUCUGUAGCUUCUAUAGCUUGUGUCUACAUGUAUACACACGCACGCACAAAAACACAGAGAAAGGGUCUAUGUAUGUGCGUGUGCUUGCGUAAAUACUAAUAAUAUUAAAUUAUACGUAUGUAUCUUUAAUAUUUGCCAUUUGUCGUGUUUUUCUUAUUCAAAAACGAUCUCUCAGUAUAUACACGUAGCCCGAGGUCAAAAGUCGACGCUGACCGUCGAGGCCGAGCGGUUAUUGAUGGCGUAUCUGAACGCUGUGCGCCGCACUCGUUCUAGUUCUGCACCCAUCACUGGAACACGCGUCCCUGCAAACGCAUGGCAAACACUAAGAGCCAUGUCACACGGGUGGUGCCGUCUGAAUCUCCGUCAGGAGGUGCUGGAGGUUGAUGCACUCAUGUCAGCCAUGCUGUAUGAAGAGAUGCUUGCCUCUAGAAAUGGUAUAUCACCACUGAAUGUCAUCCCCUUUCCUCACUUAUCUGCAAAUUUAGCCAAGGAUUACCUAGCUGAACAGGAGUCCACUUUAAGAAAGUUUCAUGCGCGUCUUCUCAACUUUUCGGCCAACAACACCCGGAUAGUGGUUAGCAACGAAGAAUGAAAUGGCAACUCCUCCUCCCCGUUUCUGCAAUAUUUUUCUUCUGAAAGCAGCUUGUGUAUAAUUCAUUCAUAACACAACUAAAACAAUAACCCCACACAAGUUCAGAAAUGACAAACCCGUAUGCUACUAGUUACUUUAUACUUGAAGUUCGGAUUGUUAAGGCACUGCGUGUAGGUUUAUUUUCAAAAGAAUGUUGAGAUUAUCACUUAUCACUUAUUGAAGUACUUAGUUAUAACACUAUUUUUACAGUUACUGAAUUAUUUUUGUAAUGGAAACUUUUACUUGUUUAAUUGAAGAACAUUAAUAUAUAAGCCAAGAUGAUUACAAGUGGUCAGAAUCAGAGAUAUUGCCUUUCAUGUAUGUGCAUGCAAAGUUUUUGUGCACAGGACAAAUCAGGCUUUACUGGACAGAAUACAAGUCGUCCUGUAACUCUUGUAACAUCAUUGCUCAUGUCCAGCCUACAUGUUGAGAAACCAGACUAUAUAUAUAUAAAAUU